GGGGACCAAGGUCGUGACCAGGCCCGAGGCCGAGUUCGAAGCGCUUUGCGGAUCAUCACUGCUCUGUGGGAGGGUUAGAGAUGCGCUCUUCAGCAUCAAUCGAGGAAUGCGACCGAGCGCGAUCCCACAACACCAUUAGGACUCACCCGUUGGAAUAGCUGAUGAAGGCCUUCCAGGCCGACAUCAUGGAUAGCCAUGAUGGCGCGAAUCAAUGCCCGUGGCAGUACGAGUCUGCCGUGGUCAAGUAGAGUAUAGGUGCGGUUACGUCAAGAGGCAGAAUGUCGCACGAUCGAGAGCGGUCGACCGCAGAGAGGGGGAGGGGAUCACAGGCAAGGGCACGGCCAGGAUCGAAAGAAAACGAAAAGGAGGGAGGGAGGGAGAGGGGGAGCCACCCAAAGAAAGGAAACCUUUUUCUGUUUGGGUCGCCUGGGACUUGAAGUGGAAAAGAGCCCGGCCAAAGCAGAUUGGGUGCACAGCUCAGCGCAUGCCAAUUGGACCCCUAGGAAUGGCAAUGGGUUCGGCUGAACCGAAAGAAUGGUUCCCUGCCACCCACGAGGGAACAAGCCACUCCACUUGGAGCCGGGCAGGACGAGUGAGAGGCGAUGCCACUGGCAGGUCAACUCUGGAUCUCAGAUGGGAUCGUUGGGUCGCCCGGGUCACACUCCUAUUUGCAUUUGACUUUUGGGCUGAUCAACAGCAAAGCGACGAUCGCACUCCGUUUCAGCCACUGCUCGUCAUCAUGAUAUGAGCAGCAUCAUGCCAGCCAGACUGAUGUUGUCCGAUCCAAGGUGAUUUCUCAUUUGCCUUUUUGCCAUCGGACCGGGACAAAAUUCAAUUCCCAGCCACCCAUUAUGAUGAUGUUGUUCACCGAGAGAAGCUUGCUUCCCCUCUUUUUCUGUCUGAUGUGGCCCGGUGACAACCAGGAAUUGAUGGAAAGCUGAACAAUUCUCCGAGGGGAUUCCGUUUGGUUACUGUGGCUGGAGAGACCCGACGAAGGAAGAUGAUAAGGCGCGAGAGUGGAUGAGUUGGUCCCAAUAGAUCGGCCUAGCAGAUUGACUAGUGUCUCUUAGUCUGACUCGCGACUCGCUUACCGUAUCGUAUUGUUCCGACGCGCUUUUUUCAGUGGAUGCC